AGGGUGCCCAUGAAUCAGCUGAGUAGAAGUCGGAUUGCAAGACGUUAGAUACACUUGUGUCCCAUUGAUGUCAGUAGUAAGCGACACACAUUGGCGUGCGAUGAUUCCUGAUGCGCAAAAAUCCGACGAGUCCACUUGGGACCGAUUGGAACAGGUGGUGAAGGAAACACGCAACUUCCUGGCGGACUAUGACGAAAUUCUACUGCACAAAGAUCUGUACCGCAGUCUGUUCUUGUAUCACCUUCAUAAUCUGCGAGACGAGGUGGUGUUACUGUUGAAAAAGUUCACGACACUGCCAAACGAUGCUUCUACGGGAAAGGAAAUCGACUGCUGUGGGCAAAUGUACAGUGAUAAGGAUGCUUUCCGGCGGCACUACGAAGAGGUCCACAAUAAAAAAGUACUCCAAUCGGCGUCGCUUUGUGAAUUGAAGAUGUCGUUGACGAAGAUUGAGUUUUUGGAGCGGCACUUAAAAAACUAUUUGACCGUCGGGCAGGAAUCGAGCUGUGAGUUGCUGCUGAAUUUACGGCGGAUACUGAGACGCCUGGACGCAACGCUAGAGUUUUGAAAUAGAUGCCUGUUUGGUCAAGAGUGUCGUAACACUUAACAGCAAAACUUGUGCAUCCGAGGUAUGGGUGUUUUCUUACAACUAUACCGUUUCGAACAUUUGAGCGAUGUUAAGUAAUAGUAAUCGCCGUCGUUCCCACGUGAGAGUCGUUGGCAAACUUUAAUACUACUUAAUAACGAAUUACGGAAAUAAUUCUCCGAAGAAUUUUCGUAAGAUACAAGCACAAUCCGUUGUUUGCCUUCAUG